GUCGAUUAAAACUCGGAGGUGAAGAUUUCUACCAUUCCUAUUCCCAUAACGUGCAUUUUUCAAGAUUUUAUAGCUUAUGUUCUAUAUUUGGAAUUAAGAAUUGUCUCACGUUUUUAAACGCAGUGAAACGUUUCCCCACAACUGUUUGGUAUGGACAUUGACUUUUAUUAAAUUUGGUGUUUAUAGAAGUGACAGGAUAGUAUUUGAUUUAUGGUUUAUUAAUAAGAAUGACUGCGGAGACUCUUCGAUCUCCAUCAACAUCAAACGAAGGAGUUCAUCUGCGCCUACAAUCUCCAAUGCAAAAUUCUACCUCUUUUGACACUAGAAGACAGUUUCCCACUGGAACUGGCUAUUCAACGACAGUAGCAGCAUCGCCAAAGCCCGAAAACGAGCCAACGUGGAACAAGAAACCUAACAGAAACCAGCCAACAAACGUGGACAACAUAGACUACAUGAUGUCUCCUCUCAUGUCCACAGAAGGCAGUGUUGGCGACAAGGAAGACAUUGACCUUCGUGACUGUGAUGACGAUGACAGGAAAAAAGACAAGUCCAAAAAGAAACGCUACACUAAAUCUCGCACUAAAGUUAAAAAUCCCGUUGCCAUCAUCAAAGUAAAGAAAACUAGACGUUUAAAAGCCAAUGACCGUGAAAGGAACCGCAUGCACAAUCUCAAUAGUGCCUUAGAUAGACUUCGAUGCGUCUUGCCCACCUUUGCUGACGAAACAAAGCUCACAAAGAUAGAAACUCUCCGAUUUGCUCACAAUUACAUAUGGGCCCUGUCAGAAACUUUGAAAAUGCUCGAUUCCAAAGGUACCAAGUCAAAUCAGAAUGAUGGUAUAGGACCUUAUAUGACGCCAGAUACUAGUUCUUCAGAAGGGCAUGUGCAACCACCACCUUUGUAUGGUUACUGUUCAGCUCCUAUCAUACCCCCGAGUCCGGCAUGGUCGUCCAUGGGAUCACCUCAUCCGGCCAGCUCUUCAUCCGUCCAUAUGUCCGGUUCAUACGCGUCCACAGACUUUUCCGAUUCGUCCUGUUCGGGCUCUGAGUGUAGCAAUACUUUCAUGAAGAAUGAAUUACUAUGACCAGAGUUGUUUCAUGACCGCAGAUGAAAUGUCUCAUGUUGAGAUACUUUGAGCGUAAGAACUCAAAUCACUUUGCAUUUACGUCCUGGACAAUUCUAGACGAAUUCUAGAAAUUUUGUCAAUUCAGUAUUACAUUUAAUAAUUAGAAUAUUUUUAACAAAAAUUUUAAAACUGGUGCGUCACUUUUUAUAUUUGAUGAUAAUGUGAUGAAAUAAAGUGUGUAUUUCAUGAAGAAAUUUACAGAAAGCUGUUGAGGGUUUUAAAACUAUUAUUAAUAUUCAAUAAUAGUAUUUUAA